GAAACCACAAGUGACAUGAUCAGAAGGAGGCAGAAGCACUGAAUUUACAGGAAUAGAGUAGAUUAAGAUUAUAGCAAAUAAAAGCCCUUAAAAAUCAGAAUGGCCUUAACAUCAGUCUCUAAUGGAUUAAUUAUUCCAGAGAGAUUGUGCUGUGUAUCCCUGUGCUACCAGGUCUUUUAUUUCUUCCCCCUGGAGAGAGGCAAGAAAGUGGUUGCUUAAAUCACUAUUGACAUACAGCAUAUGAAUUCCAGUUUUGAUUUUAUGAACAGCCUCUAUCAUCAUGUCUUCUGUGGACUGUCUCAUGCUCAUUGUGCUGUGGGGUUAGACACACUGUCACCAUCCCUAUAAAUAGCCUGCUUGGUUAUAAAGGACUAGUAGUAUUUCCUCUGGGAAGAAUAGGACUUUUGACUGGUGGCAUUUUAGGCCAGUUCUCUUUAAGCCUCCUAGAGGAGAUAGGGUUUGGACAGUGAGAAACCUGCUACAGAAAGCCAAUAAUCAAGGUAUUAAUUGUUGAAGUGCAGGCACCCAGUGAGUGUGGAGGGUCCACAAAGAAAAUUGAAGUUAGGAGGAGUAGGACAGUGGUGUGCUUUUAAAAAGAAAGGUCAGCCACAGGGCUGGUAAGGAGCAAGAAAGCUGCCAUGCAGACAAAGAGAAGCUCCCUGUGAUACAGCGGGAAGCAGAGCUGCUGCUCAAGACUAUUGCAGCGUUGGAUAGGUUUGCUCCACGCCCUAAAAAUGCUCAAGUGUAUUGGAGAAUGGGAGUUGCCUUUACAAGUUUCCCUCCACACCAGGGAAUCUGAAAAAAUGGGAUUUUUACAUCUCUCCAGCCAGCACUGAAAACGAAUGGGGAUUGAAUUGCUUUGCCUCCUUUUCUUAUUUCUGCAAAGAAAUAACAAUGUUCAAGGGACCUGUUCUCAGGAAAGCUCAGUGACUUGUGAAGAUUGUGUGCUUUCUGGACCACACUGCGCUUGGUGUUUCCAAGAGAAUUACACAGACUCAGCUGGAAUUCAUGGGAGGUGUGAUACCCCAGAAAACCUUUUAUCAAAAGGAUGCCAGUUGAAUUUCAUUGAAUUUCCCAUUUCAGAAGUGGAAAUUCAUAGAAACAAGCCACUAACUAUAUCGACCCAGAAGAACAAUUCUGAUGUCAUGCAGAUUUCUCCUCAAAAAUUAACUCUCAAACUGCGACCAGGACAUGAAGAAACAAUACAGAUCAAGGUUCGCCAAAGUGAAGAUUAUCCAAUUGAUCUCUAUUACCUCAUGGAUCUAUCAGCUUCCAUGGAUGAUGAUUUGAAUACAAUAAAAGAGUUAGGGUCAACUCUUUCCAAAGAAAUGUCAAAGCUGACAAGCAACUUCAGGCUGGGUUUUGGAUCUUUUGUUGAAAAACCAGUUUCACCAUUUAUCAAAACUACAGCUGAAGAAAUAAACAACCCUUGCAGAAGUGUACCAUAUGAGUGCUUACCCACCUUUGGAUAUAAACAUGUUUUGUCACUAACAAAUGAUGCUGAAAGAUUCAAUGAAAUUGUGAAAAGACAGAGAAUCUCUGCUAAUAUAGAUACUCCAGAGGGAGGAUUUGAUGCAAUUAUGCAGGCAGCUGUUUGCAAGGAAAAAAUUGGAUGGAGGAAUGAUUCUCUGCAUUUGCUGGUGUUUGUGAGUGAUGCUGAUUCCCACUUCGGUAUGGACAGUAAGCUGGCAGGGAUUGUUAUUCCUAAUGAUGGAAACUGUCAUUUGGACCACAAUAAUGAAUAUUCCAUGUCAACUGUUCUGGAGUAUCCCACAAUUGGACAAUUAAUUGACAAACUUGUGCAAAACAAUGUUUUAUUAAUUUUUGCAGUAACAAAUGAACAAGUUCACAUAUAUGAGAACUAUGCAAAGCUUAUUCCUGGAGCUACUGUUGGACGACUGCAGAAGGAUUCUGGAAAUAUUCUUCAGCUGAUAAUUGCUGCAUAUCAGGAGCUGAGGUCUGAAGUAGAGCUGGAGGUCUUUGGAGACACAGAAGGACUCAAUCUCUCUUUCACUGCAAUCUGUAACAAUGGGACCUUUUUUCCACAUCAGAGGAAGUGCUCUCAUGUGAAAGUGGGAGACACAGUCUCUUUCAACGUGAACAUAAGCCUAUCCAGCUGCGAAAAAAAUAGAAGGCACAUUGUGAUAAAACCUGUGGGUCUCAGUGAUACACUGGAAAUUGAAAUCCAACCCCAAUGCAGCUGUAACUGUCAGGCUGAUGCUGAGAUGAACAGCUCAAAAUGCAGCAAGGGGAAAGGCUCUUUUGAGUGCGGAGUGUGCAUCUGCAACCCUGGAUACAUGGGUCCACACUGCGAGUGUGAUGAGAACUCUCUCAGCACAGGUUCUUGCAAGGGCUCUGUUGAGCAGAGCUCCUGCAGCGGGAGAGGUAACUGCUAUUGUGGGCAGUGCGUUUGCCACCCAUCAAUGUAUGGAAAAGUGUAUGGGCCCCACUGUGAAUGCGAUGACUUCUCAUGUGUGAGACACAGAGGACUUCAGUGUGGAGGCAAUGGUGACUGUGACUGUGGGGAAUGCGUGUGCCACAGUGGAUGGACUGGUGAAUAUUGUAAUUGCACAACUGACACUGGCUCCUGCAUUUCUGAGGAUGGGACACUGUGCAGUGGGAGAGGCGAAUGCAUCUGUGGGGUGUGUGCUUGCACACAUCCUGGGGCUUCAGGCCAAACAUGUGAAAAAUGCCCUCUGUGUGGUGACCCUUGCAGCUCUAGAAGGAGCUGUGUGGAAUGUCAUUUGGCUUCUGAUGACAAGUCGCAGGGAGAAUGCAGUGAAAAAUGCAAAUCAGUUGAUGCAACUGUCAGCGCUGCAGAGGAUUUUUCAGAGGAUAAAUCCAUUCCUUGCUCUUUGCAGGGGGAAAAUGAAUGUAUAACCACAUUUCUACUGGCAGUAGAUGAACAGGGAAGGACAGUCAUUCAUAGCAUAAAGCAGAAAGAUUGCCCACAGCUUCCAAAUAUCCCGAUGAUAAUGGUGGGUGUCACCCUUGCUAUCCUCCUGAUUGGCAUUGUUUUGCUUUGUAUAUGGAAAUUGCUGGUGUCAGUUCAAGAUCGAAAAGAGGUGGCCAAGUUUGAAGCAGAAAAAUCAAAAGUUAAAUGGCACACGGAAACAAAUCCACUGUACAGAGGCUCAACAAGCACUUUUAAAAAUGUCACUUACAAGAACCAAGAAAAGCAAAAAGGAGCCACGGCUGCAGAUUUCUAUUAGCACUUUGGACACUACAAACUUAAUUUUACUGGCAGGAAAUCUAAAAACUCUAUUUGUUUCUUCUCAGCUGAUUAUAUGAUAUGUGUUCGCAUGUUGCAGUAGUAUAAUCAUUCUGUUAGAGAAAAUAUCUUACGAUGGGAAAACUAUAGAUAGCACCAAUGGCAAAGGUUAACAGAAAUUAAAAACAAAAAAAUGGCUUUAAUAUUAAACCACCCCCAUCUUAGAAAAAUAACAUCACCAAUAUUUUUAAUUUGCUCAUUACUACCGAGGAUUAAAAAUUAUCAAAGUAAGCUCAUUUUUGUGAAGUAUAUAAAAUGAGCUGUAUACUACUUUGUUCAUCCACAGAACCCAAAUACAUUUGUAUUUAGGAAUGUAUUUACACCAGACUGAUUGGUGGGCUGGUUUAAAUUCAAUACCAUAAUUUUUUCAUCAAUGCUGCUUAAACUACUGUGGUUAGGGGUUCUUCAUAUCAGCUGUUUGACUAAAUAGUUUUUCAUCAGAAACAACUACUGCUAUGGCCUACCUUCCAUGUAUCUGAGGUAUAGAGAUACCUAGAUACCUCCUCUUUAAUUCUUCCUUCUUGUCCUGCUUUCCUCUUUCCUUGUCCUUGAAUUGGUUGCUGUUUGAUGUUCUUUAAGAAUCCUCCACUCCCUGAGGUUAUCUCAGGGAAAACUAAAUCAACCUCAUAUUUACUUGCGCAGUUGUUUUCUGUUCAGGUAUAAAGUUCUUUUCUUCCCCCUCUCCUUUAAAUUCCAGUAGAGAGGAUCAAGAGCAAAAGAGAAAUAUUUUUAAAUUAGUGGCCCUGGUAGAGAAACUUUAAAUGAGAGGAUUAGCAGAAUUUAUCCCCCAUCCCCCCUGCCCCAGCAAAGUCUUUUUAAUAUUUAUCUCCUUUUUAGGCACUGAAAAUAAACCUCUCAUGCUGGACCAUCGCAUGAACUGUUGCAUGAGCUCUUUAUGUGCAGGAAAAUAUCAUACAUUAAGACACACAAAAAGGCACUAUUUUUUUGUUGAUAUAUCCUAAAGUGGGAGGUUCUUUUAAUGCCCAGCAGCCAAACAUUUUAUUCAUGUGUGAAAUAAUUAAUUCAUCUCUCUUAGACUUUUUUUUUCAUACUAAGCAACAAAUAGUUCUAUGAAUACCACUUGAUAUUCAUCUCCAUGACACUAAUGAGGAUUUUUAAAUCUUAGUUUUAACUAGUUAUUAAUGACUUACCAUAACUUCUUAAAUUGUAACAUUUGAUAUCGUGAAUGUCAUUAAGAAAAAAAAAUCCUCCACAAAAUCAGCUAACAUGAUGGCAUAAAAAAAAGUUACAGUAUUGGGCUAUUUUAAGCUAACGAUAGAUUAGUUUACUUUUUAAUACCGCUUUUCAUCUGCAUUUUUAAUUAUUUGGAAUACUUGGUCAAAAUAUACAUACAAAUGUACUUACAUGAAAAGACUUAGAAAACAAAGGUACAUUGAUACAGUCACAGACAAACAGUUGUGUACAUUCCCUAUGGUAAACCAUGUAUUUGAUCUAAAAACUUGCCCAUUUUGUAAUGAAUAUUUACAAAGUCUGUGCAACCUCAGUCUCUGUAUCCUCUGCCACUACUGGAUAUGAGACUGAUAUAUCAGCUAGGUCUGACCCAUGCCUGUUUUAGGGCCUGAUCCAAAGCCUACUGGAGUUAAUGGCUACAGAUGAGGAUCUAGUUUCAGUGAAACUAUUAGUUUUGGUUUACAAAGAUUGUUUUGUUUAAACAAACCAGUUAAUACUGUCUAUUAGUGGAUUAGAACCUAUAGUAUAUAUUUCUGUGCAAAGAGAAAUAAACAAUAUCUGAUGCCUUUGGAAAGGAACUGAUACUAUAAACACGUAAGGAAUUAUUGCAGUGUGAAGGGAAUGAUGGCUGUCAUUAAACUGGAACAAGUUAAUUACAGGUUCACAUCUAUACUCUUCAGUACUCUUGAAUAUCUCAAGGAAAAUGUGCACAGACAAAGACCUGCAUCUGCAGCCCUUCCAACCACUAAAACCCUACAAAUGUCAGUGCAAGCUACAUGUGGUACCAAAUCCUACUUCCCUGGCACACGGAUAAAAACCCAUUGCAGGUAAAGCUGGCACCUGAAGUCUGUCUCAAAUUCCAUUUGGGCAAGGAAUGCCCAAAGGACUGGGGAAAUCUGGAUUCAGCCCACAUGAAUUAUCUGUUACUCUUCUAUUUUUCAAAUAGAAGUCAUCUUUUUCAAGAAUAAA